AUGAGCUUUAAAUUGAGAUACCUUUAUGCCUCUCCCGAGGUCAACCCUGUUACACUCAAAGCCCGGUCAAUCCCAUUCCUCAACCCGUUGGACAUCUAUGGGCGGGUGUUCUUUUUCUCCUGGUUUGGUUUUAUGAUAGCCUUUUGGGCAUGGUAUACAUUUCCGCCGCUGUUAUCCCAUGUCAUCAAGUACGACCUCCAUUUGUCUCCUGUCCAGGUUGCCAACUCCAAUAUUGUUUCUUUGUGCGCAACACUUCUUGUUCGAUUAAUAUCUGGACCCUUAUGUGACCGAUUUGGUCCUCGCAAAGUGUUUGGCGGGCUUCUACUCGUCGGUUCAAUUCCUCUUGGCCUAGCCCCUCUUGUCCACGAUGCUACAAGUCUGUACAUCAGCCGAUUUUUCAUCGGUAUCUUGGGAGGAUCUUUUGUUCCAUGCCAGGUCUGGUCAACCAGUUUCUUCGAUGUCAAUAUUGUGGGUACCGCCAAUGCCAUCACAGGGGGCUUCGGCAAUGCUGGCGGUGGGAUCACUUACUUCAUCAUGCCGGCUGUCUACGACGCCCUUGUUUCUUAUGGUUACGCUCCUGCUCAAGCUUGGCGUCUUACCUUUCUAGUCCCUCUCUGCAUGGUCAUUACAACCGGUGUGGCACUCCUGCUUCUGUGCCCCGACACUCCCGCCGGAAAAUGGAACAAGUGCCCCUUAAAGGAAACCAGCAUCACUGCCAGCAGCACAGCCACCGACAUACCUAACUUGUUAUCCGACAAGCCACUCACCUCUCCUGAACUGUCUCGCUUUCCCUCAAUCGAGAGACAACUAGACCUCGAGAAACCCCUUUCUCAUAUCCCAACUACACCGACGCGCUCACCAGCAUCAGCAUCAAAUACUCUAGCAGUGCUACUUUCCCCGCAAACUUUCUUCCACACCCUAACUUACCUCGCCUCCUUCGGUUCAGAGCUCGCAAUCAACUCAAUUCUCUCCUCCUUCUACCUCGCGACCUUCCCUUCCUCUUUAAUCCCAUCCAAAGCCGCCAACCUAGCCGCCAUUUUCGGCUUCCUUAACUUCAUCACUCGUCCCCUGGGGGGAGCCAUCAGCGACUUCCUCUACGCGCACCCGCCAACGUCCAAGAUCCAACCUCUCUGGUACAAAAAAGCUUGGAUCCUUUCAUGUGGACUGCUCAGCGGCACAAUUCUUCUUAUUCUCAGCCGCUUCGCUUCCGUGUCCAGCCCCAGCCAAGCAACAAUCGUGGUGCUUGUCGUGUUAGCAGCUGUCUUCCUCGAAGCUGGGAAUGGCGCCAACUUCAGCCUGCUCCCUCACGUCCACCCGGAAGCUAAUGGUUUAGUUUCUGGCCUGGACGCUUGA